CGCCUCUUUCUCUUCUUUCGACAUCUUCUUCCAUCACUACUGCCCAGCCUCCGCACCAUUUCCCAUCACCUCUUCCAUCGACCAUUCUUGUUCUUGCAUAUCUGUUCAUUCUGACUUCACCGUGGUUGUUUUAAGAGCUCCAGCCUCUCUUUGUGUCAACGACGCUUUCAUACCCGCAAACAGCAGGUUCACGUGACGUUGUAUUAAAGAGAUUUCGACUUCACUUCAAGCUCAGUUUGGGUUCGUCAACCUCUGUUAGUGACACUAUUGUUUGCACAGGAGUUGCCGGUUGUCAGGCAGGGAAAGGUCACCUAGUCAAGAGUCUAUUCAAUAUUGUGAAAGCGGUGGCUGUUAUACAUCGAUCGUUUGGGUGUGGCAGAAUCAUACUGGUCUCGGUGCAAGCACGGCUGGUGGAUAAGAUCGAGUUGCCUGUUUUGCAGUCAGGACUCUGAAGCUGAAUCAUUACUUGUCUACUUUUCAAUAAACAUUGCCCUUCUCCCGCUGGCUAUACCUUGACUGUCCCUUGCAAGAAAGCCAUUACCCAGGCAUCAUUGCACCUUCGACAUCACUCUUACACCAAGCUCCAUCCUCUCAGAGUACAAAGAUCGGCUGUUGUCGCCUCUAAGCGCCUGUCGCCUUCGGCUUCGCCGCCAUGGCAUCCUACGUGUAUUUCAAAUUCAAAUCGCAGAAAGAGCCUCAGCGUGUAACCAUCGAUGGCCCUCAUACGGAUGUCUGGAAUCUCAAACGUGAAAUCAUCAACAUUUCUCGCCUAGGGGACGGUACAGAUUUUGACCUCAAGAUCUACAAGGAAAACAGCAAUGAAGAAUACACCGAUGACACCGAGAUUAUUCCCAAAGAUUCCACGGUCCUUGCACGUCGGUUACCGGCUUCAGCACCUGGCAAGGGUAGAGCAGCUCGCUAUGUGUCGGGCAAGCCACCUGUCAGUGCCAAACCUACGACGGCUACCGCAGCAAGUAGGGCUGUCAAGGUGGUGGAUAUGGACAAAGCCACAACAGAGCAGGAAAAGCUGAAGGCCAUGCUCCAGUUUACCGACGCGCAGUGGCAACAGAAACAAGAAGAGAUGUCCCACGAAGCUCGUGUUCCUAUGCAAGGUGGUAAGCCGUUCAAGAAGGCAAACGUGCCAGAAGGCGAACCACCCCACGGCUAUAUCUGUUAUCGCUGUGGCAAGAAAGGUCACUGGAUUCAAGCAUGUCCUACCAACGAUGACGCCAACUACGACAACAAAAACCGCAUCAAGCGAACGACUGGUAUUCCUCGGUCCAUGCUGAAAAAGAUCGAUCAAGCGGACAUCGAUAAGCUUGACGAUGCGCAGAGGCAACAUCUCAUGGUGAACGCAGAAGGAGAGUAUGUCUUUGCACAAGCAGAUGAGAAGGCUUGGAAAAAGCAUCUGGAACAAGUCAAGGCAGCCGAGGCGGCAAGCAAGAACCUACAGAUUGGUAACAAGGAGCUACAAGAUCGAGGCUUGGAGUGCCCGAUUGACAAGCGCUUGUUUGUAGAUCCAAUGAAGACACCUUGUUGCGGGAAGACGUACUGCCACGAUUGUAUUGAAAAUGCGUUACUCGAAAACGAUCUCACAUGCCCAGGUUGUGAGACAGAGAACGUCAGCCUCGAGGCUUUGGAGCCUGAUGAUGACAUGAAGAAGAAAAUUAAGGAGUACGAGGCAGAAAAGGCAAAGGAGAAACAACGAUCCCGAAGUCCUACCGUUGCAGCCGAGUCUCCCAAGGCCAAUGGCUCAGCUUCCGGGCCCCAACCAGGCUCGCCAAAGACGUCUGAUGGCCAGAAUAAGAAGCGCAGCGCGAGUGAAGUGGAUGCUUCUGAUUCGGAUAACCUAGCGGCCCCUGCCAUGAAGCGGCAAAAGUCGGGCGAGGCUGACUCGUCGUCGACGCCAAAACCUGAAGGUGAAGAAAAGGAAAAGCAGGACACAGUGAAGGAGGAUACAAAGUCACCGGAGAGUAACAACGUGCUUCCCGCCAGUAUGAUGCCACCCGAUAUGUCUCAGAUGAUGCAAGGCAAUGGCAUGAACUUCCCUAUGAUGCCCAAUUUCAACCCCUUCAUGAUGAACCCGUUAGCGAAUCCAAUGGCCAUGGGUAUGGGAAUGAAUGGGAUGAAUCCGAUGAACUUUAUGGGUCCGAACUUUCCCAUGAUGCCCGGCAUGAAUAUGAAUACUAUGAACAUGUUCCCCCAAGCGAACGGAAAUAUGGGAUUUGCAAAUGCGAAUCAAAUGCCAAAUCUCAAUAUGAACCCGAACCAAGCUCGUAGCAACAUGGGAGCUAAUGGGUUCAAGAACAAUUACAACAAUCGACCGAAUCGGAAUGUACCUUUCCAGCAAAACAAGCCGCUACAGCAGCCGGCUGGCAUGGCAGGUGUCCCUACAGGGCCCAAAGCACUCAGUCAACCCCAAGGACCACAGAACUUCUAUCCUCCUACCGGCCCCGCCGGCGGGAAGUUCUCAAACCAACAACGUCAUGUCGGAAACGAAGAAGACACCGCCUAUCUCAGACAGCCAGUCAACCCGCAUCGUCACAUCAACCGAAACCGACGAGCCAGGCAGGCUGACUACAGAGAGUUACAAUAGCUAGUGAGAGCAUCUUUGCGGUCGUCCGGGAAAAAAAGUCUUGCUGCCUAGGCAGGGAUUCUUUGGCCCACGAUACAGCCCGGCUAUAUCGCACUCUCACGGUGUUUACGAGAUUUGCUGAAGGUGGAGCGGGGGGAGUUCUUUGGAGUUAGGGGUUCUGGAAUGAACAAUGAUACCGACGAGGGUCUAGGCGAGAUGGAAAUGCAUUGCAGAAGGAUACGAAAUGACGUAUUGUGGUGUUGGGAGUCUUCUCUGGCUGGCAUGCCGGAGCCGUUCAUGGGGGCGCCAGGAAGGAUGUGUUUCUCUUAGGGAGUGGAAGCGAUUAUCCUCGGAUAUUGAGCCGCCAGGUUGCCGUCCGGGCCACGGAUAGCUCUACCAAACAAAUAUAUCCCAUUGAACCAUGAAAUCUGUACUACCCCA